AUGGUUCAGACUGAAUGUGAUUCACUAUGUUGUUGCAAGGAAGGUGAAGAAAUUUAUCGACGGAGAACAAAGUUUGUAAAAGAUGACGGUCGAGCUAGCUUCCACUUCACAUAUGGAGUUUAUGCAGCCCCAUCUGAUUCAUCUCACUACAUGGAAUCAAGGUGGAAUGGGAUCAAGCUUUUCAAAAAGUGA